AUCUUUCUUAGAAACUCUCUUCAAGAAAGACAAAUUUCUAAAAGAAUUGGACCAUUUAGGCAAAUACGAUAUAAAACGAGUAACUAAUAGUAUACUAACUUGCCCGCUCAAUUUAACCGUCUCCAAGGAAAUUCAUAACCUGAGUAUUCCCUUUCACCGUUUGAACUCCGGCGAAAUGGGCAACAACAAGCAGAGAAGAUUCAAGUCCAAUCAUUGCUCAUCCCGCGGCGGCGGUGGUGCUGCCGGCGGCAGCCAAUUCAGUCGUACCCACCAACCGCUUAAUCCAAGGUGGUAAACUAAACAAGCUUUUCCUUUUCGAUUAACAAAUUUUGUUCUGUCAUGAUCACUUCAUAAUUACUGUUUGUUUUUCUUUUCCCUUAUUCAGAGAUGAUCAGUCACUGCCAGUUGACCGAGAUGCAACUGAAGAGGUCGAGUCUGCGAGUUCUAGAAUUCAGCUUGCCAUGUGGGACUUUGGCCAGUGUGAUGCAAAAAGGUGCACAGGGCGCAAACUUGCAAGAUUUGGUCUGAUAAAAGAGUUGCGCGUAGGCGGUGGUUUUGGUGGCAUUGUUUUGAGUCCUACUGGUCAGCAGUGUGUCUCCAGGGAAGACCAAGAUUUGAUUAAUAGGAAAGGUUUAGCUGUUGUAGAUUGCUCAUGGCACCGCCUCGAAGACGUACCUUUUGCAAAGUUGCGGUGUGCUGCUCCUCGCCUUUUGCCAUGGUUGGUGGCUGCAAAUCCUGUUAACUAUGGCCGUCCAUGUGAAUUAUCUUGUGUUGAGGCACUUGCUGCAGCUUUAAUAAUCUGUGGUGAGGCAGAUACUGCAGAUCUGUUGUUGGGCAAGUUCAAAUGGGGUCAUGCUUUUUUGUCCCUCAACAGGGAGCUUUUGAAGUCAUAUUCAGAAUGCAAGAACAGUGUUGAGAUUAUUUCUGUCCAGAAUGAUUGGCUUUCCAGGCAAAGAACACCAGUUUGCAACACUCCCACCAGUGAUAAAGGAGAAGAGAUUAAAACUCACGGGGAAGAUGAGCAUUCUUCUGAUGAAGGAUCUGAAGAUGGACUUCCACCAUUGGAACGAAAUAUGAACCAUGUAUACUUGGAAGACAGUGAUGAUGAAAGCUCGUAAACUGGGGACUGUUUUCUAAUAUGAAACAUGGCUGCCGAAGACAACUGAUUUAAUUAGCCGCUGGGUGAUGCAGAAUUCUGGAAUGAGAGAGCUCAUACAAAAACUAGACGUAGUUGCGACGUCACCCGAGAGAGUUAACAUUUAGUAGGUAUUUGUUCGUGUGCUACACUAAUUUGACCCUAAAAGGCUAAAAACCGUAUCCACUGUAAAACUAUUAGAUUGGGUAUAACAUAAAUUAUAUUCCUGCUAUUCCAUAAAUUUAGUUCAAAAAACUUAGUUUAUUUUAUUAUUUUGAUUCAACAAGAUGAACUAUUGUCUUGAUUGAAGCGAAUGAAAUUAUUGAAAAUAUUAUUUUUUAUUUCUUUCACUCCACAUGUUAUACAGUUUUAAAAUGUACCUAAUAGUGAACGUUUCCAUUGUCAUUAUUCCCGUUUAAGAGCCAGCACACUUUCUUCAAAUUUCUGCCGUCCAAUCCAAUCCAAUCACUAUUAUAUAAAAGUCUCAACCUUCCUCCCUUUCUUCGCCUCCUUCAACCACCAUCCUCUCCACUCUCCGCCACCGGAUCUUCUUUUUUCAAUAUCUCAGGAGUCAGGUUGCUUAGUGAAGCGUGAAGGAAAUCAAGGUAAUUAAGCAUAUGGAUGAUCAGUUCCGGCUACUUCUAUACGACAUGAAUAUGAUUAAUUCGUCGAAGUCCAAAUUAAAGCUCGCUUGAGUUCUUUGCUCAAGUUGAUGCACUGAAUUGCUCAACCUGUCUCUCCUCCGGCAAGUC